AUGGAAUUGCUCCCAAAACUCAACAGAGGAAAUGUUGAGGUUGUCCCUGCUCCAAAACAUCAGCAGAGGACCCUGCUGGAAAAACUGAAGCAGUGGAUAUUGCUCCCAAAACCUCAACAGAGGAAAAUGUUGACAGAAGAAGAUGUCGAGGUUGUCCCUGCUCCCAACACACCAGCAGAUGACGCUGCUGGGAAAACUGAAGCAGUGGACAUUGCUCCCAAAACCUCAACAGAGGACGAUGUUGAGGUAGUCCCUGCUCCCAAAACAGCAGCAAAAGACCCUGCUGGGAAAACUGAAGCAGUGGAUAUUGCUCCCAAAACCUCAAUGGAGGAAGAUGUUGAGGUCGUCCCUGCUGCCAAAACCUCGACAGUGGUCCCUGCUGCUACUACUACCACUGAAGAGGACACGGAGACAAAGGUCGACUCUGUAACUGAAACAUCAGCAGUUGGCACACGCGCGAAAACCUCAUCGUUGGACCCCGAUGCUAAAAAGACUGCAGAGAACACUCCGAAUAGCCACUCCGCAAACAAUGACAAAGAAUUGCAGGAAGGUCCACAAGACACGCCUGCGUCGUCACAGAACGAGCCCUCUGUACCCGGCACCAUCAAAUCACAGGACAAGGAUAACGCUGUCGAAGAUCAAAACACUACUGCAGCUUCGUGUGGAAACGACGAGAUCGAGACAGUUGGAGUAGAAAAGGCGCACGUAACAGUGAAGCUACCAAGUGCUGCGGUAGACUCAUCUUUGGGCGCUACAAGUAGUAGUGCGCUUGCCGAAAAUGUCAUCGAGGGUGGUGCAGUCAAAGACAAGAGCCUCACGCCCUUAAUGUCGCCUGCACCAGCCGUUGACGCAAAAGAUGAGCGCAAACUUGACAACGACGGCGACAAACCCGCAAGUGGCAUUUCGGAAAAGAAGACAGCUCCAGAGGGCCACACGAACGACACUGACGAGAACAACUCUGACGAAAACAACUCUUCCGGUGAUCAUAACCCGGGUACGCAGGUCGAGAAAUCGGAUAUUCAGAAGACGACUGACAAAGGAGAAGGAACGUCGGUAGGGGAAUCGAAAGCCGCCUCCGGCGCCCAAGAUGCGACUACAGCUGUUCCCACAUCUCUUGGUCCAACUGCCAGCGGCGAGAGUACAGGUGCAGACAACGAAACGCCAAAUGACGGAAAUCAACCACCCCGUGUGGAAAGUAUGCCCAAGGCAAGUGGUGAUUCGGAGCAGAAAGUGGCAAAUGCUAGCGGUAGUGCUGCCCUUCACGCCGUUAAUUCUGGCAAGGAAGAAACGGGUGAGAAGAACGAGGUUCUGGAUGUGCAGCCGGGCGUUGCAGCAAGCCAGCGAAACGAUGUGGGUGAAGGCGGAGCUGGCGACAAGGAUCGCGCGACGGUUGAUAGCGCAGCAGGAAAAGAGACGAGCGGGGGAAAUGCGCCAGAUGAUGUCGUAUGUGAGAGCAAAGAAGUACCUGCCGUAGACACAAGUGAUCAAGACAACGACUCGUUCCACACUCCCCUGGAGCACACUGAGGACGAACCGGUUGAUUUUGAUGCGAAGGAGAAGGAAACCAGCCAGGAAAAGACCGAUCAGCAGCAGUCAAUAGGUGCGGAAGUUGCCGAAAAGGCCAAUCCAACGGCAGCUGCUCCAAAAUCACACACUGAUGCCCAUAUCACAGCAACUGUGGUCCAAAAGCCAGCACCGAUUCCGAAGCUUUCACCCGAGGCCAGCGCUGCUCCGACAAACUCCAGCCCUCCUACCGAAGUUCUCGUCUCUGCAAACUCCCCAGUACCACCCAUUGGAGGCAACACUGCUCAUCCAGAUGUAUUGGCGGAAAAAGACGAGGGCUCAAAUAGCCAGCCAUCGUUGCAGCACGGGGACGACAAGCCGCCAUCGUCCGUUCCCUACGGAUCUGACACACCAAAGCCCGCUGAGGCAGAGGGGCCCGUGACGCUGAAGUCAGAGUCUCCAAACGUGCCUGCUGAACCAAAGCAACCUGUGGCCACUACCGCGAGCAGUCAUGCCUCCUUGCCUGCAAAGAAGCAGCUUCCUGAGGCAACAACAACGAAGGCACCAGCGUCAGAUUCAAACGCAACCGAAGCAGAGUUGCCUGCCUCGAAGGGCGAUAGCAAAAGCGAAGUCGCUUCCACGAAGGUCGCUGAAGUUGAAACUGUCGAGCCAAGCAAUUCAAAGGACGACACUGUUCUGCCCAAGGAUGCGGAUGCAGACAAGAAGACUCGUGAAGUUCUUGAGCCCGCAGCGUCGACAAAGGUUGAUGCAACCGAUGAUGUUCUGUCUUCGUCGAUUGCGCCUGUUGCGAAUGUCGCGGACACAGAGAAUAACGAACACUCGCUGGUGGCCUCACCACACCACCCAUCAGAGGCAAGCGAUCGUCCUGCUAUGUCUAAUGCCACUGGAGAAAAGAAGCGAUCGAGAGACACCGAGGAUUCUCUGACAGCUCAGCCCGAAGAUUCACAACCCCACAAGAAAGCACGAACCCCAAAUGCCGAUACCGGUACUGAUAAGCGAUCACAAUCUGCUGUUUCUGGAGAUCCGACGAAGGUCGAUGCGGUUGAUGCUGCGAAGGGCGCGUCUGAUUCCCUUGAUCCCAGCAAAGGAUCGUCAAAGUUGCCCAAUGCUGUCCUUCAAGGGAAGACAGACUUAGCCUCCAAAGCACACACCGCGGGGGAUACUUCUGCUGGAGCAAUGGCGACGACCCCAGGCACUGCCUUGAAUGAAUCUCCUGGUCAAACGAAGAUUGUAUCGGAAGACAAGGCCGCUGUGAAAGAAGCCGCUUCGGAGAGCCAGGAAAACUCGAAAGCCAAGGCUGACGCGCAGGAUCCUUCAGUCGAAUCAAUAUUUUGGCCACCGAAGCCCACCGAGCCAGAACCACGAGUUGAACCCAAGCGCUGUGAUGUUAAUAGAUUGAAAAUGGCAAUCUUCUCCGCAAGCAGCUUGGUGCACAGAGGAAGCGGUUUUGAGAAGCUUUUCUCUCAAUAUUGGCGUUCUCUUUCGUUGAUCGUUGCCGCAAGGGAGAGCGAUGACCUGCCCAAGCUGCGUGGUGUUGUAAAUGCCUUUUUGAAGACCAGGAAAUUGCAGAGGCUGCAUAACAAAUUGAUCAUGGCCUUGAUUCGACGUAGCCAUCAGGAAAUUGUUCCCGUCAGCGAAGUGACUGGUGUCGUACCAUCGUCUUGCCGUGACAGGGUGGAGAUCCUUCCCGUUGGCAAACGCAAACGUCCCAAGGAGGUAGUCAAGCCACCAUCAAAAACGAAAGAGACGCUUGCAGUGCCCGACAAAACAGGACAGACAUUUCCGCGACGACCAGCGCCAUAUGCCCUGCCUCUGUUCCAGGAUGGGACACAGCAAGACGUCGAGCGCGUGCCGCUCGAAAGCGAUCAGUCUGCUUCGAUGCCUGGAGCCAUGGUCGUCGAUCCUCGUGUCCGUGAAAUUGUGCAUUCUGAGGGCAUGCGUGUAUCAGAAAAUGCUGUUUGGCUUUUUGUUGUCGCGGUCAAGGAGUACGCUAAAUCAAUGAUCAGCAAGACAGUUCAGUCUAAAGAAGCGAUUCGAAAGCAUCGGAUACCUCCAAAACCAGAGUCUCGAACAAUUCUCUGCAAACCAAACCCAAAGACAAAGGCAAUCUCCAAAAAAGACAGUCACGACAAGAAGUCCAAUGCGAAACGAAAAGUGAGCUUGGACCAAAACAGAGUUAUCUCGGCUACCGAUCUUUCGAUGGUAGGGGGCAAGAUGCAAAUGGGCCCAAUCGGUUCUUUGGGCGGGACGGUGUCACGGCUUGCAUGCGAGCGUACAACUUUUGCACCAACAAACAGUAACAACGUUUUGAAAGGUGGUGCUUUUGACGAGGUUCGCAGCUUCUUAACCAGCGAGCUAUGGUCGGCUUCUUUGGAAAAGCAAAAUGAACUGAGAGGACGUCGUCUUCAGGCGAAAAGCUCAGCGUCGCCAAAGCCCCCAAAUAACGAAGGCCAGAAUGAGAAUGCUUCAGCCAAAAAGGAAGACUUCUCUGCGCCCAAGCCAGCUGCAAAACAACAGACAACUGCCGCAGAGCGAAGGACAUCGAGGUCGCCUGUCCCUGGUUUGGGAAGAGGAGGCAAGAAUCUCGGUCUCGGAAGAGGUGCGAAGAAUCUGGCAGCACUGAUGGCGAGAACCUCCGCAGCAGCACCUAGACCCGCUAACCCCCCCAGCGGCGCACCCAAGCCAGCUGCGUCAUCGGAGCCAGCUCAAAGCACCACUUCCAGUGCAGCAGCCGCUGCUGUUGAACCUAAGCAAGGUGCUACGGCGCCAUCAGCAGCGGCCCCUUCGUCGACGGCUACGUCGGCCAGUUCAGCUGCUCCUGUCAACCCGGCUUCAGCAGUAGUUCCUGUCCCGGCUCCCGCCCCUGCUGCUGCUCCUCCAGCUGCUGCCACCCCCCCACCUCAAGAUCAACCUGCCACCACCCCGGAGAAGAAAGGCAACCCGAAUCAAGUCGUCAGACGUGGCCGAGGUCUAGGAAAGAAAAAUCUGGCUUUCAUGAGAGCACGAGUACCGGCAGUGAAGCCAAAUGAAGCCAGUGACGAUGGUGGAAACGCCAAAACAGGCAACGCCCCGGCCCCAGGUGGAGGCCCUGCACCAGCAAACGUUUCACCUCAGGCGUCGACAGCAGCGACCAGCGCCUCUCAGAAUGCGAGCGCUACAGUGGCGCAGGCUACUGCACAGACACCAUCAUCUGUUUCUACCACCCGUCAGAGCUGGGCGGGCCCGCAGGGUCCCCAGCAGUUUGCCACUGGCGUUUCUGCAGCAAGUGGCAACACCAUGAUGAAUGCAAUGGCACCGAGUAGACCCGGUACAAUUCCCGCUGCCAAACCACCAGUCCAGGUCGUCAAGCCUGUCAAUGGCCAAGGGGGCAAGAAUCUGAAUGCCAUGAUGCCUCCACCUGCUACUGGUCGCUUGCCACAAAAUCCUUCAAACCAAAUGGUGGCGGGAACUAUCCCGCAUGCGGGUAACGCCAUGCCCUCCAGCGCAAACCAACCGAACCAAAACCAAAGCACGAAUCCCAACAAACCAACCCAAGUCCCUCCACAAUCCAACCUAUGAAUCUAAUAAUGAUGGAAGUCGCUUGGAAUUAUUGCAAGCGAACGUACGAAAAGCAAACUAAACUUACGAUACGAGUACGGGGAAGCCAAUCCAACCUACUGAGGCCGGGGAUCCAGAAUUGGAGAGAGGAAAUAGCUAGACGAGCAAAUGUCACCAAUAUAAUAGCCUGUACAAUAUAGAGUUCUUUCAUUAGUGCUUUUUUAAAAGCGUGUUCAUCUCUGGCA